AUGCGAAUGUUCGGUUGUCAAAAAUUCUAUAACGAUAUCAAAUUGUGUCAGACGAGGUGGCUGGUCCGAAUGGUCGAAAUGGUCGAAAUGUCGGGAAGGAAUUCGAAAAAGACGGAGAAAAUUCGCAUUGUUUUGGUCCAUCUUUGGAAAAAUCAGAUUGCGAGAAUUCAACGGAGAACAAACCAACAAGUCACAUUCCAGAUUUCUUUUGGAGCUAUUGGACUCAAUGGAAUUCAUGGUCUGAAUGUGAUUGCGAUAGAAACGUCAAGAAACGUUCUCGAGUUUGCCAAGGAAAUGCAUGUGAAGGAUGCGUGGAUGAGUACAAGACAUGUUCGUCUUCCGAAUGCCCAAUUGCAAAAAAAUGGACAACGUGGACUGAAUGGAUCGACAGAGCGCCCUGGUCUUCAUGGCAGCUUACAACAGGAAUCGCAUUUCGAUAUCGAUUUGUGUCGAAAUCGAACAUUGAAUUUGAGCAUCAACUACUGUCACAUCGCGCAACUCAAACAAAAAUUCCUCUUUCGGUGUUUCUUCCUGUUUCCUGUAUCUGCAUAG